GAUAAUUGAGCCACUCCUUUGAUCAUUGUCGCUUGUUAAUGAACAUGCCUCCAUAGCAUACAUUCGCGCGCUAGACUUUGCAGUAUAAUGUGGUUGUGACGUCAGCUGUUUUAUUUAUCUGUGGUUUAUUUUUAGUAUAGCAAGUGACAAGAUAGAGAGAAGAAAGACAUGAUUCUUUGGAGUUAUAUUUUUAGCUAUAUAAAAUAAUCUCAUAGUAAAGAUUAGUGGUAUCAUGCAGCUCAGAAACGGUGAAAAUAGAACUCUUUUCUUAGCACCAAAUAUUGAAAUUGCUGUUCAGAACUACAAAUGAACGUAUGAUAUAAAUACUACCUUGUGCAACACGCUAUACACCUGAUAAGUGAUUACGUGAAUGUGGCAAAUUUGUGACAGAGCUACGAAAACAUUUGCUAAAUUGUAUAAGAAGCAAAGUAACAAAGUGGCAGCUUCGUUCCACAUAUUUCCUCAAAACCAAGAGCUCUGCAUUUCAUUAAAUACAAACGAUUCAUAGCGCUUCUAAGUGGCUACGUGAUAACUCACUCAGAUGACAACAUGACUGCCCACAGGAAAGGGAAUUACUUUUCAUUCUGGAAACAACUCUCCGAUCACCACCGCUCCAACAGCAGAUGAAGGACCUUGAAGUGACAUUGAUUUUGGACUAAUUGCUAUAAGGUGCAUCAGAUACUGUAUCCUACUUUCUUUAUCACGUCCUUCGAUUCCAUGAAGAAUAAAUUAUGUAAGGCGUUCGCUUUCUUCUCCUCCUUAGCAAUGACCCUGAUUCCUUCCAUCGUCUUUCCACAAGAAGAAGAGCAACCAAUCGAUGAUUUGAUCCCUUACCCAGAGGUAACUUAUAGCAACCCAAAGAGUGAUCUAAUCCAACUUGCCUGGCUCUUUCGAGGAGAAGGUUCGAAGAGGAUUGAGAGAGUGGACGUCUGGGCAACAGAUUCAGAACUUAAAAUUUUCACCUGCGAAAAUGAUAAUUAUAUGAACGGCAUCUGCACUAUCUCUGGGCUGUCGGGAGACACCACGUACAACUUAACAGUGCGUGGAUGCAGCAGCAUAGGUUGUGGAAAACCGGGCAUUCUGUACGUCACCACCUCUUCGCCGACCCGGAUCGACUUUAGCACCAUCUGCGUCAUUUUCAUCGCACUGCUUAUCUUCGCCUUCGUGACAUUCAACCAUGAUUUGGUCGUCGAGGUAUCAAGACCUUGUUGGUCAUCUGUUAUGAGGAGAAUAAGAAGGCGGCGCACUCCGGCUCCUGAUAUGUCUUCUCCUAAAAACACGGUAGAACUGAGAGAACUGGAGUCAAAUAACAGGACCACAUCCUUCCCUUCCAUGGAAAAUGAACCACACUAUGAUGACGAUGCGGAGGAAAUAUGUGAACCGGCUACACCGAGAGAUCGUGCGACCGACAACGAAGACUUAAAUGAACAGAUUACACAACUCACUGAUUGCCAAGACAGCAAGAAUAUCGAGUGAACAAGAAAGCCAGCAAACAAAACAUCCUGUUUGACGUCGGUUAUUCCGGGAGCGUGAAGCAAAACUCUGUUCCGAUAUGGCAAACGGAAGCCUUGCUGAAAUAACAGCUCUCUAAUUAGUCAUAAGUGUACACGCUAUUGCAAAUAAUUUUUAUUCUUUAAAUGAUGAUUCUUCUCCAACACUGAAAGUUAUUCACCACCUUCAUCACAAUUUUGCCAAAGUCUGAAUAAAUGCAAACAUUUCAGAGGGAAUUCCGAAUGACGAUCAUGAGAAGACUUAAUAUAUCUGUUUGAAUUUCAGUUACCACACACACACACACACAUACCCAAACGAUCUCUGAAUAAAUACUGGUGCCCUAGACAUGCAUACCUUUUACCAUCUCCUUCUAGACCUGUAGUACAGAAUACUUAAAUAUAUCAUCCGUAUUUGUUAAAACGGAGCACCAGAGAAAUGGGACAAGCAAACUUCUUCUAAAGAGUCAUAGAAAAUGAGGAAAAAGAGAUUCAUUGUUGCCCAGGACACGUAUAAUCUAUUAAUGGAUAUUUUGGCAUGACCGUGACAUUCCUAUGAUGCAUUUUGUGAUUUUGAAAGGUAGGCACGAAUGUGCUCACAAAAACUUCACAUAGGGCAAUGAAAGUCAAGUACUAUAAUAAUGGCCUUAUAUUCCACAUCUUGACUACUGAAGACAAAAGGUCAGGGAAAUAUAGUGUCUUCCAAACAUUGCGGUCUCCCAUACAUCAUGAAUCCCCCAUAGCGGGGUAGUACCAUCAGUUCUUCUCAUGCUGUGCAAUAGGCAUUACAUAAGGCUCUUUGCAGCGUCCCUUCGGCCCCUAGCUGCAACUCCCUUUAAUUUAUUUUAUUGUACCUCCAUUCAUAUUCGUUUUCUUCCAUUUUACUAUCCGCCCGCUCCUUACAAUUGUUUCAUAGCGCAACUGUAAGGUUUUCUUCCUAUUACACCUUUCAAACAUUUCUGCUCUCAUUUUUUCCCAGUGCUGAAUGACCUCAUAAGUCCCAGCGCCUAGUCUUUGACCCGAAUCCUAUAUUCCAUUCCGUAUCAUGAAUCCCUGUCAUGGCACCAAAAUGAAAUUCGUUCAGUGACGGAUGAUGGUGAGGCUAAAAGAAAACGACCCACUUAUAUAAGUAUGGUGUUUACUGUGGCGAGUCUACAAUAACAUAGCUGGCAAUCUAAUUACAUUCUCUCUAGAACAUGAGAUUCAGUAAUACAAGUGAACUGACAUUCCAAGAACGCAAAAAAAUAAUAAUAAUCUAUAAGUAAAUUUGAUUUAAUGGGGGCCCGUAAAGUCGCCGUUUCAAAUGUAACAGCAAAUGGCUAGGAACACAAAUUCUCUGCGUUUGGGGAUGGAAUAUGGGGGGGGGGGGGGGGGGGGGGGGGGGGGGGG